UCAAGAGCUGAAGCAGUUCAUGCGUUCUCAUGCGCUGUGUGGUGAGGCGCGGGAGACUAUUCCUAUGCGCGCAUGAAUUGCGCAUGGAGUGAAACGGAACGAUCUUCAAGUUUUUCAUGCGUGAAACGGAACGCAUCCCAUAUCAGUGUGACUGUUGUCAUAGAUUUUACCUAAGAUUCGCCACAUGAAAAAAUAUAACUUUAAGAGUAUAUUUAUUAUAUCCAGCAACCGAAGGAGAAUAUGCAGUUUUUUUGAGAGUUUGUACUGCGUAUUAAAAUUGAAAUAUUGAAGAUGGAAAGUGAAAAUUAUGGUCACAGUUUGACAACAUCUGCUGACAAAAACAUUAAAACAUCAUUUGACACAAGUGAUUUAACAAAAGACUCAAAGGAUGAAAAUGUCAACACAAACACACAACUUAAAGUUAAAUACAAAGUUAAAAAAAAAGGGAAUAGAAUAAACACAUCAAAGGAUAAAGAUAGCAAUUUGACAGAAGAGUCACAGAAUAAAGAUGUCUGUAAAGUUAAAUGCAAAGAUGAAGAUAUUCAAAAUAAGGCAAAAAUAACACAGAAUAAAAGCGACACAAAGAAAAUAAUAAAAAAUAAAUAUACUUGUAAAGAUGAAUCUGAAGAUGAAGAUAUAGAAGACGAGUAUUACAGUGAUGCAACAUACAUAGCACAACAGAAAACAUCGACAGAGAAAUUGCACUAUCCAGACUCGAUACGUUUAUAUAAUUUACGUGUACAACUGAGGCAUACAGUACCACCGCAGCACAAAAUUGAAAAAUGUGCUGGAUCUCAUAUGCCAACACGAGCAGAAAUAAGUGAAUUUGAAAAAAUAAUACCAAUCAAAAGAGGUUUGUAUUCUUUGGAAGAGGAUAAGAUUAUCGCUAAGAAUUGGAAAACAUUUUGCAAGCUACAUGAUUGGGAUGUAAAAAUGACUAGACCAUUUUUACAAUUAAGAGAUGAAUUAAAAAGAGACUAUCGUAUACGUAAAAAGAUAGAAAGACGAAAAUUUGUGCAGUUUUUAGCUGAUGGUUUACCAGAUAGAACUCUAUACAGUGUUUAUCACAGAUUUAGAAAUUUAUAUGAGAACAAUGUACAAAGAAGGUAUAAACCUGAAGAAGAUAUAAUGAUAUUAAAUCAUUUAGAAAAUAAUCCAUCUCUUAAUGAAAAACGCAAAUAUGUCGAUUUAGCUAAGGCUCUUCAGAGAACAAGACACUCAAUUUGGCGACGUUACCGAAUAUUAAAAAAGAAAAAAUAUGAAGGAAAGAAAUGGAACUUUGCUGUAUGACAAAGACUUGUAAUUAUUCUCUCCUAAAAUAACACAACGUAAACAACUAUCAUGUAAUAUGUGGUACAACAAGAUCUGGAUUAUACGAAUACAUACAAAAAUAUAUAUGUAUAUAUGUACACAUGUUGAAAUAUGUGGAAUCCACAAAUAUUCAUACCUACGAUAUCAAAUAAUAAAAAAAUAGUUCACAAUUUUUAA